GAGGGCAAUUGUUUUUUUUUGCAGAUAUAGCUAAAAAAACUCUAUAUAAAAGCCUCAAAACAAGCAAGUAGAUCAUUACUGGAGGCUGACAGAACGGUUGAAGUUUGUGGUAUUGAUUAAGGAAUCUCAAAGACAAAGCGAAAAAACCUGUGAGUGCUGAGAGUUCUGACAAAGAUUAUAUUGGUUUCAAAAUUCACUUCUUGACGAUAGCAGAAAUACUUGGUGAUUGAGGCUGUUGCUGGCAAACAAAUCAUCCAGCUUUUUAUGUAGUCUUCGCGGAUACUUGACUGUUUAUCAAGAUUGACUGUCUAACUGUAUGUUGUGAUUCAAUGAAUGAGUGAUUUGAAGUCCUGGGAACACUUUUAGCGUCACCGGCAACUCUCCAUUUUGUUUCUUGGCUAAGUCAAUAAUUUCCUAUUUUAGAUGCAAACUUCCCAGGAACACCAUAGUUCUUCCAGUUUACAUGGGUUGUACCACCAGCCAUUGCAAGAAAUUGAUCCCUAUUGUGUGCAGCAUUUCCAGAUUAUAGAAAACAAUGUCUGCCCAGAUACUGGCAGCCAAGGAACAACUGUUUCCUUCCAACCCUACCCGGAACAACCUCAAUUUUUCACACUGGAUUCGUCCCCAGCAACUGUUGGUUAUAUUGACUACAAUUCCCCUUCUGCCACUAGUUUUUUGUCUAACAGAAGUCCCUUUUCCCCUCAAGUUUCUCAGUCAUGCCUGUCAGAUCAACAUCAUUCCCCUGACAAUACAUAUGGAUCGCCAGCAAGUGGCUCUUCUGUUGCUGAUAAUGGCAAUGAAUUCAAGCACAAGCUCAGGGAAAUAGAAAUUUCAUUGCUGGGUUCUGAAUCAGGUAUUGUUGACAGUUGCCAUUACUGUCCCAAUAGUGGGAUUCACAAAGCCACUUUUGUGUCAGGGUGUGAUUGGAAUCAAUUGGUGCAAAUGGAUCCCUCACUAGACCUGAGAAAGGGGCUCAUUUACUGUGCAGAUGCUAUAGCCCGUGAUGAACUGACAACUGCAGUUGAUUGGAUGGAAUUAUUGGGAAAGCAAGUGUCAGUCUCUGGUGAGCCAAUCCAACGUUUGGGUGCUUACAUGUUGGAAGGGCUUAGAGCAAGGUUAGAGCGCUCGGGUAGUUCCAUCUACAAAGCCCUAAAGUGUGUAGAACCAACAAGCUCUGUAGAACCAACAAGCUCAGAACUAAAGUCGUACAUGACUAUCCUUUAUCAGAUUUGCCCUUACUGGCAAUUUGCUUACAAGUCUUCAAAUGCUGUCAUUGAGGAAGUUAUGGCAAAUGAACCCAGAAUCCACAUCAUUGAUUUUCAGAUUGCACAGGGCACACAGUGGGAGCAUCUCAUCCAUUCUCUUGCAUGUCGGCCUGGUGGGCCCCCUCUUGUACGAAUCACAGGUGUUGAUGAUUCCCAAUCAUUUCAUGCUCGAGGUGGAGGGCUUGAUAUUGUAAAGCAGAGGCUGACAAAGUAUGCUGAGUCGUGCAGAGUACCAUUUGAGUUUCAUAAUGCUGCCAUGUCUGGUUGUGAGGUUGUGCGAGAAAAUCUUAACGUUCAACCUGGGGAAGCAUUGGCUGUUAAUUUUCCUUAUGUUUUACACCACAUGCCAGAUGAGAGUGUGAGCACACAGAAUCACAGGGACAGACUAUUGAGGCUGGUUAAAAGUUUGUCACCCAAGGUUGUGACCAUCGUUGAGCAAGAGUCCAACACCAACACUUCCCCAUUUUUCACAAGGUUCCUGGAGACCCUGGACUAUUAUACAGCUAUGUUUGAAUCGAUUGAUGUGGCUCGCCCAAGAAAUGACAAACAGCGUAUCAGUGCUGAGCAGCACUGUGUAGCUCGUGACAUAGUUAACAUGAUAGCUUGUGAGAAUGCUGAGAGGGUUGAACGGCAUGAACUUCUAGGAAAGUGGAUUAGGAGACUUUCAAUGGCAGGGUUUACUCGAUACCCAUUGAGUACCUCUGUGACUAACAUUGUUAACAAUCUAUUGAAGCAGCAGUUUCAUGAGAAUUAUAGACUUGAAAAGAGGGAUGGGGCUCUUUACCUUAGCUGGCUGGAGAGAAACAUGGCAACCUCUUCUGCUUGGAGGUGUUGAUGAUUGCUUAGCAAAAAUUCUGUAAAUCUUCUUUUUGUAUUUUUUUCUACGACUUCUAGAGCAUAAGAGAUGGUGGUAUUUGUAGUUUCAUAGAAUUGAGUUAUAUUAGAGCAUGAAGCUGAAUCUCUAAAUUCACUGUACAUGUCUACCUAAGAAUGAAAGAGAAUAGGACUGAUUCAUACU